AUGGCGCCGCGUGUGGUUUGGUGGCUUCUCCCUGUCCUGCUCGUGUUGUCGAGCGAAAGACAGGUACAGGAACUCAAAACCCGCAUCCUUUAUCGCCCAAAUGGAUGGCAUGCACCUCUGUGUGUGCAGCUGUGUAAUGGUGACGCAUCCAUCGCCAGGGGCCACAGCACCGGUCCUUUCCCCGCAUCUGUACUUCUACUCGACUCCCUCUUCAUCGCCCUUCUGGCCAACGAAACGACCCGCCCUCAGUCCCUCCUCCUCCUCGGUGUUCUCAACACCACGGUCAACUCGCUGGCUGCUCUGCCGGGGGGAGGUGCCCUCACCGAUACCGAGAUGGCCAGCGAGCUGCUACUGCCGGCGCUCAACGCUCUGGCCAGGCCCCUUCACGAGAACGGGACCAAAGAACGGGUCGACGACAGCGCUGCUGCACAAGUUUCUGGCCUCCUUGCCAUUUCUGAUGGUCCGCGGCAGCAGCGGAAUGAUGGUAACGAUUGUUCUGCCGUCGCCUUGACCGUCUUUGCUGCCAUUAAUGACACUUAUGAGCGGCUCUUGCGUGGGAAAGCUCUCUCGAAUGGAACAGAUGACCAGCUGCAAGUUGAGACGGAGAGGGCUGUGCUCGACAUGCUUGAAAGAAUAGUGACGGCUGUGGCUGAAGCGGGUGCCGGGUCGGACGAUCUUGUGGCGAUAUCCAUCCGUCUUUUGUCGGCGACAUUUGGCGAUGCUUUUGGCAAUCGACCUGCGAAGACUCCAUCCAUCGAUGCUCAGGGCACACAGGAUUUCCUGGCGGUGCUCCAUGUGAUAUUCAAGGCGAGUCUCUCGCCGAUUCUGCAGCAUGCAGCCGGCAAAGUUGCUGUGGAGGCACUGUUGGCGGGCUGGAGAGACUUUCUCGUGUCUCCCACUGUGAGCGAGGCGCACGAGGCGGUUCUCUUUCUAUUCUCUCCCCUUAUGGAUGCCAGUGCUGGAGCGCGCCUCGACAUUUCACGCGCGACGGGCCUCGCGGCGUUUCUCUUGCCAUCUGCUCUAAAUGAUGUGAUCGCAGCAAUGGAGGAGACACAAGACACUUCCGAUGGCGACCCUACUGCUAUCGGUGCCUUCAUUGGGCACAUUUUUGCGCUGCUCCAGCCAUCCUGCUCUUCAGCUGAUGAGGGCACAAGCGGUGCCUCGAUGGCCACCACCGCUCUAUUCGACAGCCUCGAGGCGCUUCUCGGUGGCCCUUCGACUUACCACCUCAGCUUCCCUCUUGAAUCUGCCCUGAACGGCGCCGUCAACUGCACAAAUUGCACCUACGAUCCCUACGCCAGCCUUGCUAUCGACCUCCUGGACACAUACAUGACGCCGAGCAGCACCCAGAAAAGGAAGCUUGGCUCGCCAUCCAUCGAUGCGACACAGGCCGCCCAACUGCUCGAAGGCAUUGUCCUGGCGAACUCCACAUCGAAAGUGGCGAUUUCCACUCUCGAUGGUUUGGUCGAUGCACUCGGGCCUGUCCUCCUCUCGCAGAACGAGACAGCAGACACGGCUCUCCUCUUAAUCAAUUCCACGCUAACAACUAUUCUGGAAUCGGCUGACCCUCACACGGACUUUUUCGCCAUGGCCAGCCUCCUUUUCAUCGGGUUUCAAAGCUUGGCAUCGAUCCUUCAUGACCCAGACGCAUACGAAAAUCUCACUCGGCGCACAGAUCUUCUAUUGAGCGAGACGGCCUUCCGGUCCCUUUUCGAUGCCGAUGAAGUCGACUAUGGCGCCUCUACCGACUCUCUACAAAGCUCCCUGCUCGACCCCGUGGAGGAAUUCUUCCAAGAUCUUGAAUUCUACGGCCUGAAGCUCACGCGGGGCGGAAUCUGCCGUCUCUUCUUCUCAUUUGGCCUUGGUCUGGGUGUGCUGGGGUUUUUCUUGCAUCGGAUCCUGCCCGCAUUGGCCAACAAUAAACUGCUGCCUCGCCGUGUCGCGGACCACAUCGCGCUACACUAUCCCUUCUAUGGCAUGCGAUCCUCAGCAUCGGCUGACCAGGGGGUGAGGAGAGGUGCUCUUCUGCAGCGUGUCUCUGUAUGGCUGCUACAGCUGCUGCAUCUGGGGGCUGAAUCAGACUUGAACGAGGGCAAGUACGUGGUGCCGGUAGGCGCGUGUUGCGCCGACAUGUGUCGAUCGGUAUGUGGCUGUUGCUGCUGCUGCCUGUGGCCAUGUCUGCGGCUGCUGUGGGCUUGCUUGUGCCGGCGCCGCGCUAGUCAAGAGCCUUUCCGCACAAACUAUCGUAAGUGUAGAGCGGUUCGCGGCUGUACUUUGGAAUCCAAUGGGUGUCUUAUGACCAGGCUACGUAUUUGUGGAUCUCUGCGGCACAAGAACAAAGAGCCGAUGGACCAGCAUACUGCUCCUUAUCGUGAGUGUCAUGUAGAGGCGAUUGCAGGAAAGCAGAAAAGAGCCGCCUGUGAAUCCCUUGUGCGAUGUCGUGCAGAUCUUUCUGUGGUCAUUGUUCGAGUCAUGGACUGA